AUGCCGCAACAGCUCGCGGCCAAGGAGGCUGCCCAAUUUCGGCAAGUCCUCCGCAGCUAUGAGGAAAAGCAGUACAAGCGAGGCCUCAAGACGGCGGACCUGAUCUUGAAAAAGGUGCCAAAGCACGGCGAAACCAUGGCUAUGAAAGCCCUGAUCCUCAAUGGCCAAGGAAAGACAGAGGAGGCGUUUGCCUUGGGAAAAGAGGCCCUCACUGCUGAUAUGAAGUCUCACAUCUGCUGGCACGUGUACGGUAUUCUCUACCGCGCAAAGAAGAACUUUGAAGAGGCAGCCAAGGCCUACAAGUUUGCGCUCAAGCUGGAACCGACUUCGGCACAAAUACAGCGCGACCUAGCUGCGUUGCAGGUUCAGAUGCGAGACUACCAGGGCUUCAUUCAAACUCGAAACACCAUGCUGCAAGCUCGCCCCCAGAUCCGACAAAGCUGGACAGCCCUCGCCCUCGCGCAUCAUUUAGCCGGUAACUUGACUGAGGCGGAGAAUGUCAUCACUACCUUCGAGGGUACUCUCAAGACGAAUCCGACCCGAUACGAUUUGGAGCACUCGGAAGCCGUCAUGUACAAAAACUCCAUCAUCGCGGAGCAAGGAGACUACAAACGUGCCCUCCAGCAUCUAGAGACUGAUGCCAAGCAGAACCUCGACCGACUCGCUGUUCUUGAAAGCCGCGCUGAAUAUCUUUUGAAGCUCGAUCGUAAGGAGGAAGCUGCUAAGGCUUACCGAGCUCUGAUUGACCGCAACUGCGAGCACGCGACAUACUACACACAGCUCACGAGAGCGCUGGGCAUCGCGGAGGAUGACGCGAAGGCUAGAAAGGCAGUUUACGAAGAGUAUGCCAUCAAGUACCCCCGAUCUGACGCCGGACGCCGAAUCCCUCUCGACUUUCUCAGCGGCGAAGACUUCCGCCAAGCCGCUGGCGAUUAUCUUGCCCUCAUGUUAAACAAGGGUGUCCCCUCAACCUUUGCUAACCUGAAGCAUCUCUACUCGAACAAGUUCAAGAAAGACACUCUUUUGGAGCUUGCCGAAGAUUAUCUCCACUCCCCAAAGGCCGACUCAGACAGCAAGGACAAGGGUGAGGCUGCAGCUCUUUUCUACCUUGCUCAGCACCACAACUACCACAUGAGCCGCGAUCUGGUCAAGGCCAUGGAGUACAUCGAAAGAGCCAUUACAAAGGACAAUAAAAGCGUCGACUACCACAUGACCAAGGCCAGGAUCCUGAAGCACAGCGGCAACCUAAAAAAAGCCUCCGAGAUGAUGGACUGCGCGAGAGCCUUGGACUUGAAGGAUCGCUACAUCAACAGCAAAGCCGCCAAGUACCAGCUCCGCAACAACCAAAAUGAAAAGGCCCUCAAGACCGUCGGGCUAUUCACGCGUGCGGACACUGUCGGUGGACCCCUCGCCGACUUGCUAGAUAUGCAAUGCAUGUGGUUCCUGACAGAAGACGGCCGAGCCUACGCAAGACAGGGAAACAUCGGACUCGCGCUCAAGCGUUUCCAUCAGAUUGCCACCAUAUUUGAAGUCUGGCAGGAGGACCAAUUUGACUUUCACGGGUUCUCCCUGCGCAAGGGCCAGAUCCGCGCGUAUGUCGACAUGGUGCGAUGGGAGGACCAUGUUUUCGACCAUCCCUUUUAUACCCGCGCCGCUCUCGAUGCUAUCAGCAUCUAUUUAAAUCUGUCUGACAAGGCUGCCGCCAAUGCGAACGGCGAGGCGGAUUCUGAGGCUCUUUUGGCGCAGAAAAAAGCCCUCAAGAAAGCUAAAAGGGAACAACAACGCCUGGAGCGCGAUGCGGCCGAGAAGCAAGCCAGGCAAGACCCCAAUAAGGCUAUGGGACCCGAUGGCGAACCUAAGAAGACGGACGAAGAUCCUUUGGGCCUGGCACUGGCAGCUACCACUGACCCGCUUGGUGCGGCCAUGAAGCUCCUGUUUCCUAUGCUGGACGCCAGCCCGAAAAGUAUCCAAGUGCAGCUGGCUGGUUUUGAGGUGUUUAUGCGCAGAGAAAAGUAUGUACUGGCCCUUCGCUGCUUGAAUGCCGCAAUCGCCCUUGAUAGCAGUCAUCCCAAGCUGCACCCUCAGAUUGUUACGUUCGCCAAGAAGUUAAAGACGGCCUCCGGUCUCCCGGCCAAGGUUUUUGAGGUUCUCAAGGCCGAAUUCACGGCGGUAGACGUCGCCGCGGAUCUGUCCCAGUACAACGCAGACUACCAGGCUGAGCACAAGGACAGCAUCCGCAGCAUACUGUCAUUCGUGGCCGCAGAGCGUGCCCUAAAUGGCAGCAAUGACACCAGCGUCACGCAGCUUACGGCUUCCCUCAACUUGCCCAGUACCACCUUUUCCGAUGCCAUUGAGGUGCUGGAGACUCUGAAGGGCUGGAAUAGCAGCGAGGCAGCGGUCUUCCAAGAAGCUGCCCACGCCAAGUUUCCCGAGGUUACCCGGCUCGCCUGA